AUGGAAAAGCUUCCGGCCAAUUAUGUUUUUUUUCUGGAUGGACCCUUGCACCCUAUCGAUAUUUCCAUGGCGGCGUCAAGCUCGUCCAGUGCUGAUUAUCUUCUGCAAGAAGAGCUGGAGAAAAUUCGACCCCACGUCACGGCCGCGCUCCCUAAUCAAAAGGCCCCUGCGCUCCUCCUGGUCGCCAUCGAGGACACCCUCCAGGAACAAAAUGCCAACCUCACGCCUGUGGCGUAUUUCGCUGCGCUAGUAUCGACGCUUGAGCAGCAGGUGAAGAAAGAACAUGAAGAGGGUACCCUGUCUCUUGGGGAGGCAGACGUACUACCAUCGGUGCUCUACCUGCUUGCCUUGGUUGUGCCGCAGGUCUCAUCCGCCGUCCUGCGCACACACACCCACACGGCGCUCGGCGUCCUUGCACCACUCUUGAACCCCCUGAGCAAUAGUGCUCCUCCUCUUCGCUCUCUGCUCGGCAUAUACCAAGCCUGGCUACCGCACCUCGAAUCGUCGCAGCUGCACACACCACUUGUCCGCCAGUCCUUCGCAACGAUCACAGAGUACUCACUCGACCCACGACCAAAAGUCCGCAAGAAGGCUCAAGACGUCGUACAGGCUGUCCUGGCUUCCCCUCCGGCUCCCGCGCUGAUUCAUCCCUAUGCUGUGGAUGUGGCCGAUUAUAUCCUUCGACAGCUGGACGAUGUGGUCGGGAAGUCCGGAGCGCUGCGUGCAAAGGAUAAGGCGAAAGCUGGGAAGGCGAAUACAGGGAUGGAGAUUGGAAUUUGGAGCUGUGCAUUUGUGAAGACUAUUGCUCCUUAUUGGCCUUCUGAGCGGAUCGCUCAAUUGGUUAACAGUCUCUUACGCCUGCCUGCUCUGAGCUCAAGCUACAUGACGACCAACGCAUACGAUCUUCUCUCUCUCCUCCUCUCUCGCAGCGCCUCCGAUUCUUCUUUCGAGGAAGGAAAAAUUCCGUCUAUUCUGUCUGUCAUGCUCGGGUCCCAGCCAGAUAAGAAUGAUCACCUAUUGGCCGCUGCCUGGCUUAGGGUCGUAGAGCAUGGAAUGGUUGCAUACGCGAAGGAUGACUCCGAUGGGUGUGCGAAGGAAGUAGCGAACGUAUGGAGAACAGUGUGGAAGUGGUUCGAGCAGGACGACAGCGCAAUCUUGAUUUCCGCGGCAGAUGCACUCUCUGCGAUCGCGAGAUACUGCAUCACGGUGCCACUCGUCGAGGCGGCCCUCAAUGCAAAGGGAGAAGUCCCGCGGACGAAGACCACUCUUGGUGGGAUCAUCAGUCUUGCUGAAACAUCUCUGAGCAAUAUCAGUUACGCUCAGGCGGUCCCUUACGUCAUGCGAGUGAUCACUGCCCUUCUUUCUCGUCUGCGUGUCAGGACUGGCAACUCAGUUACUCGACCCCCGACGGCGGCAGAGAAGCUCAUGAUUAGCACCAUCAAAAUCGUCGGAGCCAUGCGCAUCAAGAAAGGUUUCGAGCACCGUGAGCGCGCGGAUGCAGUACUAGGGAUGGCAAUCGAGGUCAUAGGGCCUGAGGGAGUACUGGACGUUCUCCCACUCAAUCUGGAGCCAGAAAAACUAGCCGUGGAUGAAGGUCGCGCGUAUCUGCUCCCUUUGCUGCGUUCUCGGGUGACGAAUGCUUCCUUGGGCCACUUUGUCCAAUACUUCGUGCUACUUUCUGAGAGAUUGUUCAAUGUUCAAGCAAAGGCAGAAGAGGACGGAAAGGCGGUGGAGGCGAAAGUGUAUGGGGCGCUGGUAGAACAAAUAUGGGCCUGUUUCCCGGCGUAUUGUGACCUGCCGGUGGACUUGAAGGCGGCAUUCACUCCCGAAUUCGCCCAGGUGCUUACUCAGGUCCUGUACCAACAGCCGUCCAUGCGAUCUGCAGUACUACGAGGGCUGCAACGCCUCGUUGAGCGAAACACAUCAUUGGCUUCUUCCUCGGGUCCCCAGGAGGAGUUGAAGAACAGGUUCGGCAUGGACCAAUCAGACGGAAAGGCGAACAUUGAUUUUUUGCGUGGAAUCACUGGCAACCUGCUUUCAGUCUUUUUCAACGUAUUCGGCAGUGCGGAGCGAGAUGCCCGUGGUCAGAUAGGAGACGUCAUACCCACAUACUUCAAAAUUGCCGAUAUUAAAAUUAUCGCAAGCACUUACGAGAGGGUGAUUAAUCUCCUCAAGGACGAUAUGAAGAAGCACGCACCAGUGGUACCAGCUUCGGGCACUUCUGUGAGCUACACCAUGCUCGACCUGCUCACUCUGUUCGUUCCACAUCUCCCUCUGAAACAUGCGAACAACCUCCUAUGGAUGGUCGCCACCCCGGAAUUCCUCGCCAAUAAGGAUGCCUCGAUACAAAAGAAAGCCUAUCGACUGCUUGCGCGCUUGGCGCAAUCUGGAAAAAUCCUUCAUAACGGCGAAGGUACCGACAGGCUCCUCACGGUUCUGUCUGAGAAUUCGGCUGCCAUUGCCGCGGGUGCGAAGCGGGACCGGUUGUCUGUCUUCGCCGCGCUGGUGCCGAAUAUCCCUCCUACACUGCUACACUACAUCGCUCAGAUGCUGACUGAGGCGGUUCUGGGGACAAAGGAAGUCAAUGAAGGGGCUCGUAACGAAGCUUUCGAACUGCUCGUUCAGAUGGGCAACAAAAUGUCGCAAGGAGGCACCAUCUCUCGCUCCCUUUUAGGGGAAAUGGAGGACAAUGAGGACGUUCCUGCGUCAAUACAGGAGUUCAUCACCAUGGUAGCGGCCGGUCUGGCUGGCACAACGCCACAUAUGAUCAGUGCUUCCAUCACGGCGCUGUCUCGUCUUCUCUUCGAAUUCAGGGAAUCCAUUCCCGAUGAGAUGAAGCAGGAACUCAUAUCCACUAUCAUCAUGUUUGUUGAAUCCAAAAACCGAGAGAUCGUCAAGUCUGCGCUUGGAUUCGCCAAGGUCGUUGUAACCGCGCUUCCUUCUGAAACUGUCCGACCCCAUCUGCCCACCGUGAUUCCUGCGUUGCUCAAAUGGUCACAUGAUCACAAGAAUCACUUCAAGCCGAAGGUGCGACACAUCUUCGAGCGCUUGAUACGCAAGUUUGGGUUUGAGGCUGUGUAUAAUGAAGCGGAUGAGGAGGAUGCCAAGGUCUUGACAAACAUCAAGAAGCGGAAGGAUCGGGCGAAACGAAAGAAAGCAACGGCUGAGGCUGGUGGCGAGGAAGAACAAAGUGAUGAGGAUGAUAUGCAUCGUACUCGUGCAGGCAAUGCGUUUGAAGAUGUACUCUACGGUAGCGAGAGUGAGCUGGAGGAUGAGAGCGAUGACGAACGGCCUGUCCGAAACGUACCUGGCGGGAAGAAGGGUGCCAAGGGCGCAGCUCGCCUUCGAAUGGACGCCGACGAGCCAAUGGAUCUCCUUCACGACGCCGCAGCUCAGCUUACCAAGAGUUCGGCGAAGCACCGGAAGCCUGGCCAGGACGCUUCCAAUUUCAAGACGGAUGAAAGUGGUCGGUUGGUCAUUGUUGAGGACGAAGAAAUGGUAGACGCUACUCCUACUACUGAAGAUGUCGAAGGCAAUGCGUACCGUGAGACUUUGACUUCUGCUGAUGGAUUCACCCGUGGAAGGCGAGGCGAGGUUAAGUUUAACAAGAACACGAAGAAGCGGCGAGCAGAGGAGGACAUGGAUGGAGAUGUUGAGAUGGCUGAUGCUGACCAACCUCCCAAAAAGAAGACCUUCGAGGAUAGGAAGCAGCCUACUAAACUUGGGCAAGAAUUCCGGUCCAAGAAAGCGAAGGGUGAUGUUCGUAAGGCUGGACAACCAGAGCCAUAUGCUUAUGUUUCUUUGGCGCAAGCUGGGUCAAAGAAGAGUGGUGUCAAGCAUUUUAAUGUUAGAAAGCAGAAGCGAUAGAGGUGCAUGUUUUCGGAUGAUCGCUGUAGCUUCUUGAUUCUAUGUGGUUAUCGAUGUUAGGAAUAUUAUACGUUAU